CGGACCUGUAGAAAAAUUUACAAGGAUAUUCUUUUUUUUUCUUUUUUCUUUCUAUUCUUGCUCGGGAUUUGUAGGAUAAAAUAUUCGCAGACGAUUCGUUCAGAUAAUACUUUUUUUCCAUCCGGAAAUCGUGAUUUGAUAAAGCCCUUGCCCCACAACUUUUUCAGUGCAUUUUACAUCCGUCUGCUUUUUUUUUCUUUUGGCAUUUUUAUCUUCAUAAUUUUUUUAACUCAUUUUUAUUAUAUACACACCAUUACCAAAGUUAAAAAAAGUCAUGUCAGCAAGUAACCAGGCUCGUAUCGCUUACCGGAGACUGCUCAAGAUUGAGCGCCGGCGGUUUUCAGGUGAUCUUCCAGUAAUGAUGGCGGCACUUUUGAAGCACGCAGCGGGCGUCGAGGAGGUUAUUCGGGGGUAUGUGGUGCAGGCACCGCGCAAUGAGGAGAAAGAUAACACGUAUAAUAUUAAGUUUACCUCAGAGCAUGCGCUGCGUGACGGACAUCCGAUCAUAAUCAAGAGCUCGCUCCAAAAAGACAAAGAAACCAAGACCAAAGAGUGAAAAG